AUGGCUCGCGACCAACCCUGGAGAGACGUCCUAAGGGUCAUAUGCAAACUCGGAUGGGUACGGAAAUACCCAGGCAAGGGCAACGGCUCGGCGCACGAGCCGUGGGUGCACCCUGUCGAAACUGCGGUCCUCAACAUCCCUAAGCACGGCCGGGAUGGCUUAGUCAAGGCGGUUUACAUCCAACAGAUUAUUAAUCUGAUCGGCUGGUGGCACUGCCCAGACUCUUGGUUAGGCGGCCGUACCUUUAGCAAAGCCGAGUAUGAGAAGCUCAUCAAGGAGGAGGACAAGAGUGCCCAUGAGGAGGAGCUGGCGAGCGAGGCUCAUCAGGUCCGACGCUGCACGGGGCAAGAACGCUCGCGGAAACGCUCGUGUCCGUCCAGUCGUUCCCUUUCCUAG